CAGUUGUUGCUAUGUCAGGCUGAACCUCAACAUCAGUUUUAUAGUUAUCCAUUAACAACCCUUUACAUAAUUUGAGUACAAACCAAAUGGGGCGAAUUGAAGUUAAUAUUGGAAAGCAGUCUCAAAGACUGAACUCUGUAUUUAAAAUACAGCAUUUUGUUUAAUUAUUAACAUAUUAACAAAAGGCGUUAUCGACAAUUGGUGCUUUUUGUACCAUGGUACAAGGAGGACACUGCAAUCUAAAUGACAUGCUCCAGGCCCAUAGUGCAAUUUCUAAAUAUCGGUGAAUCUCUGUAAUCAUCUGGAGGAUUUUUGGCUCUGUUUUGGGUGAAAAACUGUUUGUAAAUUGCCGUACUUGUUCAACUAAACAAAAUGGCAACGUCAAUUUCACAACUGGUGUUGAUAUUUCUUGUAGCAAGUAUAACGUCAGUUUAUGGCUAUAAGGAUGGGGAUGUAAAGUUCCUUAAAGAUGACGGCAGUAAGUUAAACUCCGAAUAUGAAGGGGUGGUUCAGAUGUACAGGGAUGGUACGUGGGGAGGCGUUUGCUACGAUGGUACCAUCCCCGAGUUUACAGCCAAGUACAUCUGCAGGGCGUUGGGCUUCGAAUUUGUCACCAGAUGGGUGAAUGCGAGGGACGCUUUCCCCAAAAACGACAACAACGAGGUGACUGUAAACCAUAUUGACUGCAGUGGAGCUGCAGACUUGAGUGGCUGCACGAAAGACUGGAGCGAUGACAGGCCCACUUGUGAAAUUACUAAUCUCCUUGCACUGGCAUGCAGCCCUCGGACAGAUUAUGCCGUCCGUUUAAUGGGAGGUUCCACCUGGUACGAGGGGCGUGUCGAGGUGUACCAUGAAGGCUCAGGCUCUGGGCAUCAUCACUGGGGGUUGGUCUGCGACGAUUACUGGGGAAAAAGUGAUGCUAAAGUGGUAUGCCGCCAGUUGGGGUACGGAGAUCCUGACAAGGCCCGUUACACAGACGGAGACAAGUACAAGUCAGGAUCAUCCGGCAUGCCUACCCUGCUUGACAAUGUGCAUUGCUCAGGGUCAGAGAAAUCCCUUGCCUACUGCGCUGGCAACAACUGGCACAGCGAAAACUGCUUCUUCAACACAGAACUUGCUGCUGUCAUAUGUGAAACCGCAAGUAAAACAGGAGUACUGAGCACCGCAGCCAUUGCAGGCAUUGUGAUUGGCAGCCUGGUCAUCCUGGGCUUCAUAGUAGUCCUCUUCUGCAUUUACUACAGACAGAGCAAGAUGAGGAAGCGCAAUAGCAGACAAGCCGCCGUCGGCAACACGGGUGUAGGUCACGGUGGCGUCACUUAUGUCAACCAGGGCGGGAUGGGCGCGGGGGGCGUGACUUUCAUCACUCCUGGCCAGGGGCAGCAGCAGGUGCAGUACGUCAUGCCGGGGGCAGCACCCGCCUUUAACCCGCCCCCGUAUUCCCCACCCGGGGCGGCCUAUGGGGGCGAUGGUGGUAACAAGCACGACAGUGCAAAUCCAGGCCCAACUGAUGACUAAAGUACUAAUAUACGACUCAGCUACAGCUAGCAAUUACACAUGUACUUAUGGGCAAAACUAAAGCCACUUGCCCCAUGUGUUACUGCUGGCUGCAGUUCUAGGUUUUUAGGAUGUGCCUAUGGCUAUAUACUACAUCAACAUCACUUAGUCACUUGAUGCAGUUUGAAUAAAAGGCACCACAACAAUUUUUUUGGAACUCAGAAUUUAAAAGAAU